CGCCCAUCUCUGCUGUUUGAUGGCCGGAGGAAGAAGCGACUGAGAUCCUGGCGUGAAGGAAGAAAAAGAGGGACGACGACGGUGGGAAAGACGAGGGAUUUUUUUUUUUUUGCUUUGAGUUGGAAUUUGCGUUGAAACGGAGGAAAGAUAAAACGGGACUCUGACACGCCUGUCUGGGUGAACACCGCCUUGUCUCUGCGCCUCUGUGCCGGUGUGUCUCCCCCCCUCGGCGGGUCAAAAACUGGGUUCGGGGAGUGCCGCUCCUCGGUGGCUAAACAAGCUAAAUCUGAGCGCCUCGGCGGAGAGUCAAGAUUUUGCUGUUUCCAGUCAAUGUGAUAUAAACAACGGAUACCCUCGAUUGAUAGCGGAUCAGCAAGAGUCUAGGCGGCGGAGCGAAGCGCACCAUUAGCUGAGGAAAAUGAGUGAACUGGAUCAGUUACGCCAGGAGGCUGAGCAGCUCAAGAACCAGAUCAGAGAUGCCAGGAAAGCAUGUGCGGAUGCUACCCUGUCUCAGAUCACAGCUAACAUUGACCCUGUUGGCCGAAUUCAGAUGCGCACUAGACGGACACUGAGGGGGCAUCUGGCUAAAAUCUAUGCCAUGCACUGGGGCUCUGACUCGAGGCUUUUGGUCAGCGCUUCCCAGGAUGGCAAACUCAUUAUUUGGGACAGCUACACCACGAACAAGGUCCAUGCCAUCCCGUUGCGCUCCUCCUGGGUGAUGACGUGCGCCUAUGCCCCUUCUGGAAACUAUGUUGCCUGUGGUGGCCUGGACAACAUCUGCUCCAUCUACAACCUGAAAACCCGUGAAGGAAAUGUGCGCGUAAGCCGCGAGCUGGCUGGACACACAGGUUACCUGUCCUGUUGUCGCUUCCUGGAUGACAACCAGAUUGUCACCAGCUCUGGAGACACCACCUGUGCUCUGUGGGACAUUGAGACUGGCCAGCAGACAACUACUUUUGCCGGCCACACCGGUGAUGUCAUGAGUCUCUCGCUGGCGCCCGACACCAGGCUGUUUGUGUCUGGAGCCUGUGAUGCUUCAGCCAAGCUCUGGGAUAUCAGAGAAGGAAUGUGCCGACAGACCUUCACUGGUCAUGAGUCAGACAUCAACGCCAUCUGCUUCUUCCCUAAUGGCAACGCCUUUGCCACGGGCUCAGACGACGCUACCUGUCGGCUGUUUGACCUGCGUGCUGACCAGGAGCUGAUGGUUUACUCACAUGACAACAUCAUCUGCGGUAUCACCUCUGUCGCAUUCUCUAAGAGUGGCCGCCUACUGCUGGCCGGCUAUGACGAUUUCAACUGCAACGUCUGGGACACUUUGAAGGCCGACCGUGCAGGUGUCCUGGCCGGUCACGAUAACCGGGUGAGCUGCUUGGGCGUGACUGACGACGGCAUGGCAGUGGCAACAGGGUCCUGGGACAGCUUCCUCAAGAUCUGGAACUAGAGUCUGAAGAUGGCAUCCGGACUCCAAAGUUGAGUGGAAGACCAUUCCAACAUCACGAUGUUCAAUUUUAUUGCAUAUCCAAUCUUUUCGAAAACACACCAUGAUACUGACUCCAAACACCCCCUCCAAAAAACUAUCAAGGGCAAAAAUUCUCUCUCUCUCUCCUUCUCAUUUAAAAGAGCACAAUUGUCUGUCACUCAUUAAGCUACAAAAAGAAAAAAGAAAAAAAACAGCUCGGAAUUUUAGUGGUUUCAGAGUGGAACUGAGGGGAAAAUUGUGCAUUCCUCCUACGACCAUGGUCUGGUUUUGUUAUAACUGAAAAUACAAAAACACCACCACCGCUGCCGACACCACCACCACCAAGCAAAAUGUGUCCUGCGUCCUCAUUAUGCACAGGUCUGAGUGAAGGUUAUUACAUGGCAGUGAUCUAACUCUUGAUAGCUUUUUGACCAUGUUUAUUUUUGUUUGUUUUUUUUUUCGUUAUUGUUUUGUUGAAAGAGGUAGAUCAGUGAACUGUCAGUUAAUGUUUAAAAUGAGGAUCAAAGCUUUUAUUUCCUAGUCUUUACACAUUUUAGAGAAUGUUUUUAAGUUGGAAAAAUAAAAGAACCUCCAGAUCGCGUCAUUUUAAAAUCCAGCUUUAUCCCACCGGAGAACAAAGCGAGAGAAUUCAGCUUCAACAGGGAGUCCUCAAAGCCACUUCUGGCCCUUCUGUAUAUUUAGCCCCACCCCACCCGACACCCCCGGUGAUACUUUUACUGUUUUUUUUGGGGUUUUUUUUUUCCAGUGUAGUCCACAAAAUCUCUGUUUGCACAAAAAUUAAACUUUGCAUAUAUAGAAUAAUGUCUAAAGAAAAAAGUUAACUAACCAAGCACAUGCUGUUUAUGAUAAUGAAUGCUCGUUUUUAAAACGGAAAACAAACAAAAAAAAA